AUGACUAGGAUACUCAACAGGAAUUGGAGGACAGAGGGGCUCAACGAUGACUACCUCGUGCUUGUUAGCGACUUGGGGAAAAGUGAGGAGGAUAAGGCCAGAAUAAAGGAGUUCAGAGUGCAGUGCUACAGCAACAUCACCAUGUGUCUGAUUAAGCUAGGGAAUGAGAUGCUACCAGAAGCUUGCCGUACUUGCGACUUUAUAUUACAGCUAGAUAGCACCAACGUAAAGGCCUUGUUCCGGAAGGCCAAGUGCCUGGUAGAGCCCAUGAGCUGUGGCGAUGCGGAGGCGGAUGAAGCCAUCGAGCAUCUCCGCAAAGCACUAGAGAUAGACCCGCACAAUAGAGAUAGCGAAAUGGACAAGUUGAGGAAUGAUGUCGAAUCGCGGCUAAAAGAUGCUCAUCUGUUGAGAGACAUCCAUCGCAGCAGGGGGGAAGAGGACGAGGCCACCAACAUGGAUGUUUAUAUCAACGAACCGCUACAGUUGCCCGAGACUGGCCAGCCGGAUGAUGCUCUUUGUAAAGAUGUGAUGGAUCGAUUUGGCCUGGAUCUGAAGGACCCGAUAGUAAACCUUUGGCUUGCCUUCGCUGUUCUCCCUGCCUUGAACUCGGCAUUGGAUGGCUCCUCUGCUGAGUAUACAGGUACUAGACGAGCUGAAGAGAUUAUUGGCCUCUCUGAGAAAGAACGAUGCCUCCUCCUCUACGACCGUGGAAUUGGCACUAGCAGUAGCUGCUUGCCGGAGAGGCAGCCAUCGUUCGUUUAUGAGUCCUUUCAGGCGAGUCAGUGCGCGGAUUCAAUCACAACUAAGGCGGACCAGCGCAGAGAGCAGGCAUGGCAUGAAGAGCUCGAGAGGCUCAAGGCAGAGAACGAGCACGCCAUGCGGGAGAAGCAUCCAUGUGAACAGCCUCUCUAA